CUUCUUAGGGUUAGCGGUGCUUGGGUCCGGUAACAACAUGGCGGCGUCCGAGAGGGACUGUUUUGGGCAGAGGUAGUGUUUGGUGUCCCUGUCUUGCGUGAUAUUGAAAAACUGAAGCUUUCCUGGGCCACUCGACUUAAGGAAGAGUGUGCUCAUAGGUGGACAGCUUUCGUGACCGGCCGUCCAGUCUCAUCCCCUAUAAGGAGCCGAGUCCUGAGUACUGAUCAGGAUGAGCAACAUCUACAUCCAGGAGCCUCCCACGAAUGGGAAGGUUUUACUGAAGACUACAGCUGGAGAUAUUGACAUAGAGUUGUGGUCAAAAGAAGCUCCUAAAGCUUGCCGAAAUUUUAUACAACUUUGUUUGGAAGCUUAUUAUGACAAUACCAUUUUUCAUAGAGUUGUGCCUGGUUUCAUAGUCCAAGGUGGAGAUCCCACUGGCACAGGGACUGGUGGAGAGUCUAUCUAUGGAGCACCAUUCAAAGAUGAAUUUCAUUCACGGUUGCGUUUUAAUCGGAGAGGACUGGUUGCCAUGGCAAAUGCUGGUUCUCAUGAUAAUGGCAGCCAGUUUUUCUUUACACUGGGUCGAGCAGAUGAACUUAACAAUAAGCAUACCAUCUUUGGAAAGGUUACAGGGGAUACAGUAUAUAACAUGUUGCGACUGUCAGAAGUAGACAUUGAUGAUGAAGAAAGACCACAUAAUCCACACAAAAUAAAAAGCUGUGAGGUUUUGUUUAAUCCUUUUGAUGACAUUAUUCCAAGGGAAAUUAAAAGGCCAAAAAAAGAGAAACCAGAGGAGGAAGUAAAGAAAUUGAAACCCAAAGGCACAAAAAAUUUUAGUUUACUUUCAUUUGGAGAGGAAGCUGAGGAAGAAGAGGAGGAAGUAAAUCGAGUUAGUCAGAGCAUGAAGGGCAAAAGCAAAAGUAGUCAUGACUUGCUUAAGGAUGAUCCACAUCUCAGUUCUGUUCCCGUUGUAGAAAGUGAAAAAGGUGAUGCCUCAGGAGAUUCAGAUGAUGAUGGAGAAGAUGAAAGUGCAGAGCACGAUGACUAUAUUGACAGUGAUGAAAAGAACCUGAUGAGAGAAAGAAUUGCCAAAAAAUUAAAAAAGGACACAAGUACGAAUGUUAAAUCAGCUGGAGAGGGAGAAGCGGAGAAGAAAUCAGUCAGCCGCAGUGAAGAGCUCAGAAAAGAAGCAAGACAGUUAAAACGGGAACUCUUAGCAGCAAAACAAAAAAAAGUAGAAAAUGCAGCAAAACAAGCAGAAAAAACAAGUGAAGGUAAGGGCAUUUAUCGGGCUUAUUUUUUCCGUUGA